UUACCCGUGCUGGCAAAGUAGUGGUGGGGGUGCACGUCGUUCGUUUAUUCAUUCAUUCAUCUUAAUGGCUAGUCAAAGUUCGACCUCAACUGUUCUAGUAAAUGUAUGCAUAGUCCAAUAGAAUGUCUUUUUGUUGAAGUCAUGCUGUCGAUAGCACUGUCGGUUACAGCAUGUCCCUUCCACUUCUAUCUUCGAAGGGAUGUCUGGGAUACAGUUACUCCAGAAAGAAAGCGCGUGUACAUAUGUGGUGGUGGGGCUGGCUGCUAUGCAUCUAUUCGGCAUGUCGUUAUACUUUGUAGCAAUUCGUACCGCGGCUCCAGUCAUUCUGAAUGUGGAAAUACAUGUAUACGGUGCUUGGAUGCGGGGAAGAAAGGUCACGAUGGUUGUAUUUUUAGAUACUCCCUAAGUACGGACGGAGUGUGGAUUGUUGUGGCUACAGACACGUACCGAAGCUACUGUACAGUCAGUAACAAGGCCAUGUGAGCCAUCGUAUCCAUUUACCAUGCGUGUAACAAGCGUGAGA